AGCGAGUAUAUUUUAGUGAGUAAACUGAUUGACGAUUGUAAACUUAUCUUGCCAGCGAAUGGUAAUGCACUUUGUACCUGCGAUAUAGGCCUAAUCUCUGCAUUCGGACCUAUAGCAACGUUUAAUCUGCGAGAACUCGUUGCCGAGCGGAGACCGGAUUUGUGCAAUCUGAAACUAGAAAACCAGCUGUGUGCAAUAUUACCAGAGCCUAGAUCAUGUCCUCAACCGAUGGAAAACUGCGCUACGAUGGCCGUGUGGCGGUGGUGACGGGAGCUGGUGCCGGUUUGGGUCGCGAGUACGCCCUCCUGCUGGCCGAACGCGGGGCCAAGGUGGUGGUCAAUGAUCUGGGCGGCACGCAUUCCGGCGAGGGAGCCUCCCAGCGGGCUGCCGACGUUGUGGUGGAGGAGAUCCGAAAGGCCGGCGGCGAGGCAGUCGCCGAUUACAACUCUGUGAUCGAUGGGGCAAAGGUCAUUGAGACCGCAAUCAAGGCCUUUGGCCGCGUGGACAUCCUGGUGAACAAUGCCGGUAUCCUGCGCGAUCGCAGUCUGAUCAAGACCAGCGAACAGGACUGGAAUCUGGUCAACGAUGUCCAUCUGAAGGGCAGCUUCAAGUGCACCCAGGCCGCCUUUCCGCACAUGAAGAAACAGAACUUCGGUCGCAUCAUUAUGACCUCCUCGAACUCGGGCAUCUAUGGCAACUUUGGCCAGGCCAACUACUCGGCCGCCAAGAUGGGUCUCGUCGGUUUGGCCAACACGGUGGCCAUCGAGGGUGCCCGCAACAACAUCUUCUGCAACGUGAUUGUGCCCACGGCUGCCAGUCGGAUGACCGAGGGCAUCCUGCCCGACAUUCUCUUCAACGAGCUGAAGCCCAAGCUGAUUGCUCCCGUGGUGGCCUACUUGUGCCACGAGUCCUGCGAGGAUAAUGGAAGCUAUAUCGAGAGCGCCGCCGGAUGGGCCACCAAGGUGCACACUGUGCGCGGCAAGGGAGCUGUGCUGCGUCCCUCGUUGGACGACCCGGUGACCAUUGAGUACGUCAAGGAUGUGUGGUCCAAUGUGACGGACAUGUCCAAGGCCAAGCACCUGAACGCAAUUGCUGAGGCCUCCGGCACUCUUUUGGAAGUCCUGGAGAAACUGAAGGAGGGCGGUGGCGAUGCCGUCGAGGACACCUUCGAGUUCAACAGCAAGGAGCUGAUCACCUACGCCUUGGGCAUUGGGGCAUCGACCAAGAACCCCAAGGACAUGCGCUUCCUGUACGAAAACGAUGCCGAUUUCGCUCCCAUUCCCUCGUUCUUCGUUCUGCCUGGUCUCGUCUUGGCCAUGUCCACCGACAAGCUGGUCAGCAAGGCUCUGCCCAACAGCCAGGUGGACUUCACCAACAUUCUGCACGGCGAGCAGUAUCUCGAGAUCGUCGACGAUCUGCCAUCCAGCGGCACUCUGGUGACCAGCGGCAAGGUCUUCGAUGUGAUGGACAAGGGUUCCGGCGCCGUUGUGGUUACCAAUUUGGAAUCGUUCGACGAGAGCGGUCGUCUUUUGGUGCGCAGCCAGAUGAGCACGUUCGUUGUGGGCGCUGGCAAAUUCGGCGGCAAGAAGCAACCGAUCGAAGGAGUUGUUCCGGUGCAGCCCACACCCAAUCGCCAGCCGGACGCAUCCAUUCAGUACGCGACGAGCGAGGACCAGGCGGCACUCUACCGCCUCUCCGGCGAUCGCAAUCCCCUGCACAUCGAUCCCCAGAUGGCCCUGCUGGCCGGCUUCAAGACACCCAUCCUGCAUGGCCUCUGCACCUUGGGCUUUUCCGUGCGCGCCGUUUUGGCUCAGUAUGCGGACAACAAUCCCGCUCUUUUCAAGGCGGUUAAGGUGCGCUUCUCCGGACCCGUGAUUCCCGGCCAGACUUUGCGCGUGGACAUGUGGAAGCAGGGCUCACGCAUCCAUUUCCGCACCGUGGUUACCGAAACCGGCAAGGAGGUCAUUUCCGGAGCCUACGUCGAUCUGAAGAGUACCUCGGCCAAGCUGUAAGCUGUGACCCAAACACAUUGACUCUGCGAUGGAUCUUCAUUGCCUUAAGAUUUUGUAUCCGUUUGACUAUGUACAUAUACAAAUAUGCCAAGGCAUGUGCAAAUGUUUAAGCGCCCAUGGUGGUAGAAGUAUUUUUUUUGUAAAGCUUUGUAAUAUUCCCAAUAAAGGACAAUAUAAUUAAA